AUGAUCUCAAAAGAACCCUUUGUCGAGCAAGCGACGAACGGGCAGCAGGGCCCAGAAAGCGACUCAACCAGGGACCUCUUUUCGCUCGACCACAGAACAAUUAUCGUAACCGGCGCCAUGGGCGGGAUGGGCGUCGUGGUGGCCAAGGCGAUUUUGCAGUCUGGCGCUGACGUGAUUGCUAUCGAUCGCGACGCGGAGCCCAAGGCUUCUCACACAGAAGACCUAUACAGAGCCGCGGAGAAGAGCGGGACCGUCGUCGCCUACUGCCAAUGCGACAUCUCCAACCUCGAGUCGACCUACGCUAUGUUCGAAGACGCCGUCGCCGCCGCCCGAUACCCCCUGCGCGGACUGGUCAACCGCGCCGCGAUCGGCUGGGCAGCGGCGCAGCUGGUCAAGAAGCACAAUUUCUCCGCCAGUUUUGUCUUCAUCGCGAGCAUAAGCGGAUACAUGGUCAACAAAGGCACACCCAACGCGGCGUACGCGGCCUCCAAGGCCGGAGUGCACCAGCUCACGCGCAACCUGGCGUCCGAAUGGGGCUCCUCGACCGACGACGCGGGGCCCUCGAUCCGAGUCAACUCGGUCAGCCCCGGCGUCAUCCGCACCCCGAUGACCGCGGGCGUGCUCUUAGACAGCAACUUUGAGCACUUGUGGACCGAGGAGACGAUGCUGAAGCGGCUGUCCGCGCCGGAGAAUUACAGAGGGCCCAUUAUCUUUCUCCUGUCGGAUGCAAGCUCGUACGUCACGGGGGCGGAUCUGUUAGUCGACGGAGGGUACACGGGCUGGUGA